CGCUCGAUACAAAACACGGGCUUUGUCACUUCAAAUGGUCACAUUGAAAGGAACUCAAUAUGGAAUGUAUUUACAGCGUAGAAGGUCUCGGUAUCGCUUCGGAGCAGCUUUCCAAAUGUAACGUUGGAACAUUAUAACCUGGACACUGCUCUAUUUCUCUAUUUCCGAGAGCCAGCCCUGACCAGAGCCAGAGAGCAAGCUGCUCAGUUCUGGUCACUGCGCCUUACCGGGAAGAAAUGUUGGAGGUCAAAGCGCUCACAAGGAACAAGGUUCACCCUCCACACACACGCGGAGAGGGCUGGCUCGAACCCGCAGUUAAACUGUAACGGGCAUCUUUUGAAGAGAUGGGUCUUCAUAGAGCCACAAAGAUAAUAAGUUGAAUAAUCUGAACUCAAUAGUGCCAGCCAUUGAGACAACUAAAGGGAGAACAGGGGAAUCAUAUUUAAAUUGGCCAAAUUACCUUUUGUGACGGAGAUGACUACAGGACCCUUCAGCCCGAGUCAGCAGGGCACGUUUGGACAGCACAGCCCGGGCGCCGGCGGAAGGACAUGCCUCCCAGUCCUCGCUUCUUCAAGCUGUGAUCGCCCCAUUCAUGCAAACAGGCAAGGGUCUACUGCAGGUCAUGCUGAAGCAGGGGAAGCAAUGGAAGUCGAUGUGCAAGGGGCUCGUCCUGGGGACUCUGCUCACCACCUGCAUGAUCCUACUGUACUCAUACGCGGCACCUCCUCACCAGCUCAGCCUGCAGGAAAUUCCUGUUCCUUAUUCCUGCUCUUAUAAACCUGCGCAUGUCAGGAAUGUCCCCCGGAUGAAUGGCUCCCAUUUCACCUCAGAGUUGAGCAAAGCCUGCACCCCGAAAGAAGAUAUCAUGUUCAUGAAGACACACAAGACUGCUAGUAGCACUAUUCUCAACAUCCUCUUCCGCUUUGGGCAGAAACACCGCCUGAAAUUUGCUUUUCCCAAUGGCAGGAAUGAUUUUUAUUACCCAUCAUACUUUGAUAGGAGUCAGGUGAAGGAUUACAGGCCGGGCAUGUGUUUCAACAUUGUCUGUAAUCAUAUGCGAUUUAACUUCGAAGAGGUCCACAAGCUACUCCCUGAAGACACUAUUUAUUUCACCAUUCUCAGGAACCCUGCACAUUUAUUUGAGUCGUCUUUUCAUUACUUUGGUAGCGUGAUCCCAUUUACCUGGAAAAUAAGCGGAGAGGACAAACUGGCUGAAUUCCUCAGGGAACCCAACCGAUAUUAUGACCCAAGUGGUUUUAACUCCCAUUACUUGAAAAAUUUGCUAUUUUUUGACUUUGGCUAUGAUAAUAACUUGGAUAUCAAUGACCCCAAAGUAAAGAAGCAUAUUAAAACUAUUGAUGAAAGAUUCCAACUGGUGAUGCUCCUCGAACAUUUUGAUGAAUCACUUAUUCUUUUGAAGGAUGUGAUGUGCUGGGACCUGGAUGAUAUUUUAUAUUUCAAAUUAAAUGUACGAAAAGACUCCACUGUAUCAAGAAUGACUGGAGACUUAUAUGAGAAGGCAACAAACUGGAACAAAAUUGAUUCCAUGUUGUACCAAUACUUCAAUGCUACUUUCUGGAAAAAAGUGGAAACAUAUGGGUUUGAACGCAUGGAGCGUGAUGUGGAAGAAUUGCGCAGGCGCAAUGAUAACAUGCAGUCAAUUUGCAUUGAUGGUGGGCGCCCAGUGGAUGCAAAUGCCAUUCAGGAGGCAUCAUUAAAGCCGUGGCAACCACUUGGUGAACGCUCAAUCAUGGGCUACAACCUGAAAAAGAACAUUAGCAGAAAGCACAAGAAGCUCUGCAGGAAAAUGCUCACCCCUGAGCUACAAUAUCUGAGUGAAUUGGGAGUUAACCUGUGGAUAACAAAAUUAUGGUCCUAUAUCAGGGAUUUGUUAAAAUGGUAGUUGGCCAGCUUUGAAAUGUGACGGGUUUCAUAUUCACAACCCUGUCAUUAUGGCAGCUACGGGGAAUAGCAGAACUUAAUUAUUGCCACAGAGUACUCGACCUUUGGCACUGCGUUGGUGCCAUUCUCGAUUGCCCGUUGUUGCAUGGCAAUCAUUCACAUAUGUAAUAUAGAGUUAUCCUGGGGUAUAGUUCAAUGUUUUGCUUUGUUCUUCAAAUUCCCGUUCGUAAAAUUGUCAUUAACUUGGAACUAUAUGCCCUACAACACAAAGUUCUGCAAAAAAAGCUAAUCCCAACUUCCAACUGCAAUUAUGAUUUUUUUUGAAGGAUCACAUAUGAAACAACUGUGAAUUAUAAGUAGGAUCAGAGGAGUCAGAACCGUGACCAAGUGCUGAGGGAUCUCUGAUCAAUGCCACCAUGUGGCCUUGUGAACUAUUCCUGAAAGGCAGCAAUUGAUUGCCUACUUGAUGCUUGUCAAAUAAUAUAUGACCUACAUUAUGAAUUUGUUAUGCAGUAUAUUUACAAGGAAAGUCCUACUCACACUUAGAAUACAGAAUGUACUUUUAAAAAAAAAACUAGUCUUAACUUUAAGAAAAUCACACCUGCUUUUCAAUAUACUAUUACAAACAAAACCAUGUUUUUAAAUAGUUUCUGUGCAUGAUCAUACCAAUGGCAAUUCUAUGUCAUUUCCAGGGUAGGAAUCCUGUGCAAUAUUACAACAGUAAGAUCAUUUUUCGUCACUAUGAAGUUCUCACAAUUUGACUGAACAAAAUGCAAGCUGAUGAAUGUAUAGUCCUUUAAAUAAAAUUUGUUUUUAAAUAUAUAUCCCAUUCAAUUGUAAAACUCUAAGUAAUAAUACGUUAUGCUGAAUGUUAUUUUUAUGCAAUUUGGUUUGGUGGGAACAUUCAGAAUUGGCUGCAUCUCAUUAUAAUACAAAAUGGUUGCUUCUUAACUUAAAUGCUGCACUGAGAGCAAGAUGUACUUAAAUUCUAUGUAAUUAAAUCUUUCAGAUUUUCUAGAUGGUUGGUAAUGGAAAGUUGGCUUAAUAUUUGGAGUAAAUUGUCUUUUGAGCCUGUUGAUGGUAACACUCAUUAAUGUACGACAGGAGGGACCUUAUUACUAAUUGUUUCCAGCCUGCUCAUAUACAAACAUUUAGCAAAUAGGCAGAAUUUACUUUAAUUUUUGCUUUAUCCUUAUGAUAAGUUAUCAGUCUGAAAAACAACAACAACCUCCAUUUCCAUAUUGUGUCUUUAACCAGUAAGACAUUCUAAGCACCACUCUUCAUAGGAGCAUACUCAGAUGAAAUUUUAGGCAUAUUAGCAGAGGCCAGCCUAAUGUAAAAGUGAAUUUUCUAGCCAGCAGGAAAGAAAUCAACAGGCAUGAUUAGAAAUGAGUUAAGCACAUUUUUACGGCAGCACAUUGAGAGAGAUCUUUGUAGCCUAUCCAGUACAGAAUAAGAUGCAUGAUGACAUAAAGAAAAGAAUAAUUUAGCUAUACAUUUAUUGAACAAGUUUAAAUCAUUAAUCAAGUAAUUUGAGCUCUCUGAGUGCUGUGAACAUAUACAGGCAGUUAUUGCAACUGUACUGAAUUGCUUUCUGUUUCUGUAUUGACCACUCAGUUAUUUAUCUUUUAUUCAAAGACAAAGUUAGUAAUUAUUUGUAUAUAACAAUUGUGGUGAAAAUGAGAACACUGUUGAAAUUAAUAUCAUUAGUGAUGUGACAGUUGAUUUAAAGUCAUUAAAAGCUUUCACACAAUCAAUGGACCUGAUGAAAGCUUGACCUCAACCCGUAUCUAAUUAUUCAUUGUCAUAAACACAGACCACCCAAAAAUGUCUCAAGUUCAGUUGUGGCUCCUGGACUGUGGAUUCAUUUAAGGGAGAGAAUAUUAAAUUCAUUUACUUGUGUUUUGGGCUGCCACUUGUGUCUCUCUGGUCAGAAUUUGUUACUCCCAUUAUAUCAACAGAUUUCCCUAAUCUUGACGUAAGCAAUCUCGCUCUUUUAAUAGUGCAGUAUUUAAACAUUAAGACAAGUGGAACAUAACAAGAAGAGGUGGAAUUAUGUAGAUUUGGAGGCAAAUCGUCAACAUUUCCAUAUGAUUAGGGAGCCAAAAAUAUGGACUUUUUUAUUUUGAUACUGAAAAUCAUAAGUUGCAUUUAUAAUUUUCAUAAAUAAUAUAGUACAUUAUCUUUGUAAAAAUAUAAAUAUAUGGUGCUAAUCAAUGAAAACUACUAUCUGUUCAAAAGUUAGAUUAUGUAAAUAUGUUCUACACUGGAAUCUCAUUUAAUUAAUACACGGAGAAGACGAUAUACUGUUGUAGUUGAUGGCUGCAAUGCGGUCUUAAAAUGUAAUGGCUGUACUGUACGGAGGUGAUCCAUAAUUAAAUAAGUGUGACAAGGAAAAAAAAUCCCUUCAUAUGAUCACAGUGGAUCACAAAAGCACUAAGUGCCUUUCUACAAAUAUAUUACACACACAUAAUAUACAUACAUGUUAUAUACAGCUACAAUUGAAUCACAAAACAUUAUAGUCAUUUAAGGAGUUCAAUGUGCUCUACGUGUAUCACUACAUUGCAGCUUUUGAUACUAAAAAUCAUUUUCACAAAGAGCUAACGUUCAAGAUUAUGUUUUGUCCCACCUGAUUUGUUUUGACAGAAGAUACUGCAAUUGAGAAGCUUUUUUGACAGGAUCCUUUUAAGCAGUUAAAAAUGCAGACACACAGUAGAACUGACUUGCAAGAAGAUAAGGAUUGCAUGUGAUUGAGGGCCAAGAACAGUUGACAGUUGUAUUGUGUUUGGAUGGCUUAUUUUUGUCAGUGAUUCAAUUUUUACUUACCCUUGCAUUACCAUUCCCACAUUUGGUGUUCAGUUCAUCGAAAUAGUAAAUGUGUCCACUGUUUUCUUUUAAAUGUGUUACUACAUAAUUGAAUAUUUUCACAUCAAAUUUCACAUUCUAUUCUUAUGCGUUUAAAAUAUUUCACUUAACAUUGCAGUAGGAUAACAAACUGCAAGCAAGUUUGCAUUUGCAGCUGUUUGGGGAAUUUGAAUUGGUGAAUGGUAACCAGAUCUGAAAAUGUAGCUAAUCUGCAGAUCCCUACCAAUGUCAUAAAGAGAAAGGAAAAGAGAGGGUGGAGUUUUUGUCAUGGCCUUAGCUAGCUUUUAAGUGUCCAACACUGCCACAUAUAAACCUUGACAAAGCUCUAUUUAACACUCAGCAAACUUAUUGCAUCAAUGGGCUUUUCAAACAACACAAUCAGUUUAGUGAUUUUUCCAACAACAACAACAGAAAUUGCUGGAAAAGCUCAUCAGGUCUGACAGCAUCUAUGGAGAGAAAUCAGAGCUAAUGUGCUAUUCUUUAAGAACAGCUAGUAUGCAUUUCAAAAAAAAAUUAUCGAUGCCUUCAAAUGAAGUUUUUGACACAUCAUAUUGUUUAUUAUCACAAAUAUUUA